AUGGGCCAUGUUAUGACGAUUUGUGCUUUUAUUAUAGAUUUGUUGUUAUUGGAUGUCACUCCCUUGUCCUUUGGUGUAGGAGUAAUAGGAGAAGUAUUUAGUGUUGUGAUCCCACGGAACACUCCAAUACCUACCAAAAAAUCUAAAAUAUAUAGUACAAUUCGGGACUACCAAACUUGUGUAAAUGUUAAUGUGUAUCAAGGUGAACGAACCAGAUCUACAGAUAACCAUUUGUUGGGGACUUUCACAAUUUCUGGAAUACCACCGGCUCCAAAAGGAGUUGCAGAACUCGAGCACUACUUUGAAAUAGAUACCAAUGGAAUUCUGACAGUUACAUCGGAGAUAUUAUCAACUGGUAAGACAGAAAAACUCACAAUCACCAACGUAAAUGGAAGACUCUCCAAGGAUGAGAUUGAGAGGAUGAUAGAAGAUGCUGACAAGUAUAAACAGGAAGACCAAGAAUUCAAGAAGAAAGCAGAUGCAUUCAAUGCAUUGGAGGAUUGCAUAUACAACAUGAAGAAUAAGAUAAAAAAUAUGAGGAAAGGCAGUGGAUUGAGGAAAAUGGAGGAUGCCAUUGCUGACACGACCAAGUGGGUCGAGCACAACCAAGGUGCAUCUGUUGAUGUGGUUGAACGCAUGAUGAAAGAUCUCAAGUCUAUAUGCUUGUGA